AAUACACAGUCGUGAAAAUGCUUCUGCGCUCGAUCCUUCUGAUAUUUGCGGCCACAGCCGCAAAUGGGGCCAGAAUCUUGGGUGUCUUUCCAUUUCCAAGCCGCAGCCACACGAUCCUUGGUUCGGCGCUCCUUAGGGAAUUAGCCUCGAGAGGACACGAAGUCACCAUGAUCUCUCCAUUUCCGUUGAAAAAUCCACCACCGAAUUACAAUGAUGUUUACCUCGACGGACUGCUGGAAAUGCGGAACGAACGCAUGAAGGUAUUCAUGAGUCCCAACAGCAGCACCCUCUCCAAGAUAGGAUACACUUACGACAUUCUACGAAUAUUGAACGAUGCCGUCAUUGAAAACAAGAAUCUUCAGGACUUUCUUGCUACAAAACCGAAAUUCGAUGUUGCCGUCCAGAUGCUGUUUAUGAACGAAGCGCUUCUGGGAAUUGCGGAUGCAGUGAACGCAACGCCGAUUGCGUUCAGCCUUAUUGGAGGUAAUGCUAUUCUCAACUACUUCCAUGGAAACCCCAGUCCGUAUGCCUAUGUUCCGCACGUAGCAACUACAUUCAAAGAUUCCAUGUCGUUUUGGCAAAGAGUGCUGAACACGUUGGUAGCUCUACUUGGUGAUAUGUUUGCGUAUUUACUGAUGGUGCCUUAUCAGAAGAGUAUUCUUCAGAAACAUUUUCCCAAUGCUCCACCUUUCGAAGAGCUUCUAGACAACGUUGAUUUGACACUGGUGAACUCUCAUUUCAUGACAGAAACGCCCCGACCAUACUUAACUAAUUUCAUACAAAUCGGAGGAUUUCAUCUGCACGAGAAGCAACAUCUACCGGAUGAUCUUCAAACAUACUUCAACGGAUCCAAGCAUGGCGUCAUCUACUUCAGCCUUGGUACAAACGUCAAAUGCGAGGAACUGAAGCCAUCCACUAUAGAAAGUAUUUUACACGCAUUCUCCAAAACGAAAUAUGACGUUCUUUGGAAAUUUGAUGGAACUCUUCCAUACAACCCGAAGAACGUUAAAAUCUCAAAAUGGCUUCCGCAAAAAGCCAUUUUAGCGCAUCCCAAGACUGUGGCCUUCAUCACGCACGGAGGAUUCGGCAGCAUCACCGAAGCCAUCUUCCACGGAGUACCCAUGAUCGUGAUUCCGUUCUUCGCGGAUCAGCAGAAAAACGGCGAAGGAAGCGCGCAACACGGAUUUGCAAUACAACUUCAACUUAAAGAUAUAUCCGAGAUAUCUUUGAGCACGGCUAUAGAGGAAAUCACAGGUAAUUCUAUGUACCGUGACCGUAUCAGAUCGGCAUCAGAUAUUUUCAAGAAUCAACCGAUGAAUCCCAUGGAAAAGGCUGUAUUCUGGGUAGAACACAUUGUCAAGCACAAAGGGGCGAAACACAUGAAGAUCAAAAAGAUGCCCUGGUACCAAUACAUGCUGCUCGACGUCUUCGCUUUCAUCCUCACAAUUUUAUCAGUAUUUUUCCUAUUCAUUUACUUAGUAAUUAAAUUGAUUUCUUCUCUCAUCAAACGAAAAGUUAAAAUACAAUAAUUACAA